AUGGCAUCAGUCUCCUGCUCGGAUAAUUCUGCCCCGCGCACCAAGUUGCGAAACAGCUGCGACGCAUGCUCCCUCGCCAAAAUCAAAUGUACUCAGGAGAGGCCCGAGUGCAGCUACUGUGCUAAGAGAUUGAAGCCCUGUGUCUACAGUGCCUCUAAACGCAUCAAGCGCUCGCAGCGUAAACCUCAGCAUCAUGACGGCACCGAGGCCUACGCGUCUAGCACGACAUUGCCCUCGGGUUCGACCGUCUGGGAGAGUCCUUUGUCGGCGGCCCUCGAGUCUUCGGGCUCUUAUUCCUCUCUCCCCUUGGUCAUGAGUGCAGAAUCCAGCUCCUCGCAGGGUUCUCGGCCAGCAACACCACAUCUUGGCCAGGAAUGGUCAGACUUCUUCACUACCCUUCGCUCGCCGUUGGUGGCAUCCCCCCCUAUGGGGCAAGUUUCCUCUGGCGAAUGGACCAACCUAGAUCCAUCGUCAAUUGAGGCAUUUUCAUUGCUGGACGAUUCAAUCUUUGACCUGUCUGCUCCGGUUCAUUCAUUCGAGAAGAACAGCGGCACCGGAAGCAAGAAAAAUCCCAGUUCACCUUCCACCAUAUUUUGUAACCCAGGUCCUGUGUCCAAAGCUGCGGAGGAGCGGGAUUCCUUACCCAGGACGAGUAACACCAUCCACCGGCAUUCCCUUUCAGCUGAGGGGCAGGUCAGUUCGAGGCUUGCUUCGGGAGAAUCGCGAGACGUAUCCCCCAGCAUACAUCUGGACCUCGGGAGCCGAAGGGCUUCCUCCGCAGUCCCUCAAGCACCACGCUGUAGCUGCAAUUCACAAAUCCUCCGGUUCUUUGGGCAGCUCUCCAUUGAUCCCUCCGGGCCCUGGAUCGCAUCCAGAGGUGGACAGGCGAAUUCUCCUCAAAACCCAACAUUUCAGCAAGUAUACGAGCAGAUUGCAACUAUGGCCCUGGAGAUUGGUAAAAUUCUACAAUGUCAUUGCUCCAGCAAUCUGGAGUGCCUCAUCUUCCUAUCGCUUGUAAUCUUCAAAAUCCAGGCCUGGUAUACGGCAGCAGCAAAUGCCGCCCUCGGCAGCGAUAGCGACGAAGCCACCACUAACAUGGGACAGAGCAGUCUGGAUCAAGGGCACUUGUGGCUACCAGAACCGGGCCGUGAUGACAGAGAAGACGAAGGAGAAGAUCAACGACGCAUAUUUCUCCAGGACUUGCUUUCCCGACUCACAGGUCUCCAGGUCCUUACAGGCCGUUUCUCUGAGCGGCUUACACAUGCUGAAGCUGAGCUGGAGAGAAACUCCAAUACCUCAGCGCCAAAUAUCAUGCAAAACCAAAUCGUGGUUCCCCCCCUUUCCGGGUCAGCAAUACGGGUAUUGGCCACCGAUUUGCGCGGUCGGCUGGGUAGCUUGUCACGGGCAAUUGCUGAGAAGCUUCGGUUAGGGUAG